AGGUUUCUUUUGUCACAAACUGAGUGAAUUUUACUGAACGGCAGGGGCAGCUGGAGUAUCUUUCCUACCACCUUUGCCAAGGUUUUGUUUAUGCCGUAAAACACUGACGGGUUAUGAAAAUUCCCCACUGGAUGAAAAAUAGAUGACUUUGUUCAAGUACAGGAGGUUAAUUUGUUAAGUUGAGCCCUGUGUUGUGAAGAGACAUGGAGGCUGUGUUUGGACUGCUGGGGAUCUUAGUAGGAGUGUCUCAUGGUAUGGUGACCUCUUGUGAUGCUAGACAGAACAGGUCAUGUUAUGCAGCUCUGGGAGGAACUGUCUAUCUCCAGCUGGUGACUGAUGCCAGAGCAUAUGAAAUCACACUUAUAAAAGACCAUUCUAUACGAAUAUUCCGAAUGAAAGACAAUGAGGUGAUAAUCCAUGACUCCAUUAAAGCUAGGUCACACUUCUUCAUCAGCAAUGGGACACUUAUGAUAAAUAACACAGAAAGGACUGAUUUAGCUCAAUACGUAAUUGUAACCUUUGAUCAAAAUGGAACAUCAUUGGGCACCAGAGGACUACAACUGUUAAUUGAAGCCCCUGUGUCCCCUGCAAAGCUGUCCUCUGAGUGCCUGUCUAAUGGAGAGGUGAGGGUGUCCUGCUCCUCUGAGGGGGACGGUCCCCAGUACAGCUGGACUUUGGAUGGACAACCACUGAGAGACACUGAGGCCUCUCCUGGUGACAAGACAGACACCAUCAUGCUGAAGAAAGGCCAGUCUGGAGAUCUCACCUGCACCGUCAAAAACAACAUCAACAGUGUUACCACCAGCGAGAGAAUCUCGCACUGUCCAGCACUCAUAUAUAUUAACUGCACCAAACCCAACAAGACAAAGACAGCAGAAUGGGUGAUUGCAGCUGGUAAUACCCUGUGUGCUAAGCCUACACCAGUGGCAACCACGACUGGGACUGAGGCCUCCACCAGUAGAACAACCACUGUAAUCAUCUGGAUGGUAGCAGGGUCUCUGGCAGCAGUGGUUAUUGUCCUAGUGAUGGUGGUGGCAGUUUACUGUGUCCAGAAGAAAAAUAAACCUUCAAAGACGCCAGCUAAUGAUGACAUCCAGGUUGUGGAAUACGCUGAUGUCAGGAUACUGAAGAAGCAGAUGAGACAGAAGGAGAGGGAGGCGUUGAUCGAGGUGGAGUAUGGACAGUUUAAAACAUUACAGGGUCCCCGGCAGAAGGUAGACACACCUGAGGAGGAGGACUGUGUGUACGCCAGGGUACAGAAAGGCCAUGAAGCAAGGUACUGUCUAGAUUCAAUAUGAUAGAAUAGAAGGACACAGAGUUGAAUCUGUCACAGCCAUCUUCCUGGAAGGAAUAAGAGGACCAAAGCACAGUGUGGUGAGCGUACAUCUUCUUUUAUUGAUAAAAAUGUUGCCAACAAAAUAAAGGAAUGACCGUGAAGCUUAACAGGGCUAUAGUGCCACUAACAAAGAUAACUUCCCACAAUAACAAAAGGGAAAAAGUCUGCGUAAGUAUGAUUCUCAAUCAGAGACAACUAUAGACAGCUGUCCCUGAUUGAGAACCAUACCCGGCCAAAACAUAGAAACACAAAACAUAGAACAUUGGGUGGGCAUAGAAUGCCCACCCAAAUCACACCCUGACCGAACCAAAAUAGAGACAUAAAAAGGCUCUAAGGUCAGGGCGUGACAGAAUCACUGAGAGUCUGAGAUGAAUCACUGGUUGCGUCCCAACGAUCUCUCCUUUUCUUGUUCACUUCCCUUCUUGGAUUUGGAAGGAAAUUAAUGGAAUAUGGAAUCUCCCUGUUGCCCAUGCCAACACCAAUCCAAUGCUUUUAAAUGUGUGGGAAGUGGUGAACGAGCGCACAUUUCAGGAAGAAAGAGAUUAUUGGGAUGCACUCCCUGAGAGGCCCAUGUUGAAUCAUGUUGUCUUAGUUACAUUUACAGUAACAGCUGUGUUUUGUAUGUUCACACUUUACAGUGGACACUGUCUGUUUCCAAGAAGUGGACACUGUCUGUUUCCAAGAAGUGGACACUGUCUGUUUCCAAGAAGUGGACACUGUCUGUUUCCAAGAAGUGGACACUGUCUGUUUCCAAGAAGUGGACACUGUCUGUUUCCAAGAAGUGGACACUGUCUGUUUCCAAGAAGUGGACACUGUCUGUUUCCAAGAAGUGGACACUGUCUGUUUCCAAGAAGUUGACACUGUCUGUUUCCAAGAAGUUGACACUGUCUGUUUCCAAGAAGUGGACACUGUCUGUUUCCAAGAAGUGGACACUGUCUGUUUCCAAGAAGUGGACACUGUCUGUUUCCAAGAAGUGGACACUGUCUGUUUCCAAGAAGUGGACACUGUCUGUUUCCAAGAAGUGGACACUGUCUGUUUCCAAGAAGUGGACACUGUCUGUUUCCAAGAAGUGGACACUGUCUGUUUCCAAGAAGUGGACACUGUCUGUUUCCAAGAAGUGGACACUGUCUGUUUCCAAGAAGUGGACACUGUCUGUUUCCAAGAAGUGGACACUGUCUGUUUCCAAGAAGUGGACACUGUCUGUUUCCAAGAAGUGGACACUGUCUGUUUCCAAGAAGUGGACACUGUCUGUUUCCAAGAAGUGGACACUGUCUGUUUCCAAGAAGUGGACACUGUCUGUUUCCAAGAAGUGGACACUGUCUGUUUCCAAGAAGUGGACACUGUCUGUUUCCAAGAAGUGGACACUGUCUGUUUCCAAGAAGUGGACACUGUCUGUUUCCAAGAAGUGGACACUGUCUGUUUCCAAGAAGUGGACACUGUCUGUUUCCAAGAAGUGGACACUGUCUGUUUCCAAGAUGUGGACACUGUCUGUUUCCAAGAUGUGGACACUGUCUGUUUCCAAGAUGUGGACACUGUCUGUUUCCAAGAAGUGGACACUGUCUGUUUCCAAGAAGUGGACACUGUCUGUUUCCAAGAAGUGGACACUGUCUGUUUCCAAGAAGUGGACACUGUCUGUUUCCAAGAAGUGGACACUGUCUGUUUCCAAGAAGUGGAUACAUCACUUCUGUUUUUCUGUACCACAUUUCUGUACCACAUUUCUUUACCACAUGUCCUUCUUUGGAAAAGUGUUUUACCAGUUUGGUCUUGUUUCAGUUGUGUGAUAUGUCACAAAUUCCUACAUGUGUUUGCUGCAUGAUAGAAGUAAUACAAUAGUGAUUUCAAAUAAUGUUUUAAUGAAUUUUUAUAAUUGCAUAACAGAAAUUGAAUUACCAAUAUCUUAAGUCAAUACUUUAAAGCUUGCAGUCCAUCUCCCUAGUUAACACAUCUUGAGAUAUUGCUAAAAAAUCAAAUAUACUCUUAUUUGUCUGAGGAAAAUCAUCCUGGCCUACACACACAUGCAUACAUUUCUGGUUAUAUCUAAGAUAGUAGUUACAUGAUGAUCUUUAUACAGCACAGUACCUGUACACAAAAUAAGAUCAUGUAUAAUUUUUAGAAAUUGUUUUUUGAGCUAGUGCAAUAAUAAGCUAAUGUUGUAAAAUAGUUGUUUAGAUACAUGGUCAUAUCUUUUCACACCAUCAAUCCUUUUUUUUCUUCCCUUGAACCUUUCCACAUCUCUGGUUUUGGAGGGUUAACAUUGGUGAUGCAUUUCCGGUUUGAGUUGCAUUAUUUCCAGUUGAGAAUCCCCUCAUUGACUAAAAAUAAAGCACAUAUGCUUUUGCCAUAGGGUAUCUCAUUCUCACUCAAUAAGUCAAGCUAAAAGAACAAAUUGUGAAGAGGCUGUUGAUAAAUAAAGA